AUGAGUACCCCUAAGAAAGUGUGUGGGUGGGUAGAGUACCGUGUCAGUACUCAAAAGAAGUUCAGCAAAAUGUAUAUGUCGUUGUCUCACGACGCGUUGCGGUUGUACGCCAGUGAAGACUCGAAAGAGAAGUUAGUUCUCUUGUUCACUCAAGCUGUAUUUAACAAAAAGAUAUCGAACAAAAACAAAUUCCCUGAGGACAAGAUAGCCGUUUCCUUUGAAGUUGUCACCGACAAAUGUCACCAAUUCAUCUGUCCCUCUAAAAAAGAUUUUAACCUUUGGAUCAACAACAUUCCUUUGUUCUGCAACUUUACUGGCGUUUUCGGGUAUCCGCUGCUCUCGACUUCUACGAAGAAAAAGAGUGGCUGGAGGUUUCCAAUUCCUUUGUACCGGUCCAUCGAAUAUAUCAAGAAAAAAGAGGGGUUGAAGGAACCAAACUUAUUUAAGAACCAAGGCAAACAAGAGUGGGUCAAUCGAUUAAAGUCGAUGUUAGACUCCGGGCAAGACGUGUGUGAAAAUGACUUUGGGCCUGAAGGUGUUUCUGUAGCGGCGUCCAUCAUCAAAUUAUAUAUCUCCGAGUUGUCUGAUGGGUUGAUCCCCUCUGCACUCUAUCAACAAUUUGUAUCUGCGGGAAACACCGACAAUGUCAGCACUCGAGUGCGUGUGUUAAAACGACUUAUAGCAGCUUUACCCGACUCAAACAGACACGUCUUGUGGUAUUUCUGUGACUUUUUGAAUGAUGUUAUUAAGAAUGAAAAAGUGAAUCGAAUGGGUGUCGUUGAUAUAGCCGCUGUCUUUGCACCCGACAUCAUUCGUCCCGACGUUGAAACCCCAGUCGACCCGGAAAACACUAAACGCAUUCAAGUCGUCAUGGAAACGUUCUUGACACAAUCGAAGGUCCUUGCAGAUGCCGCGUCAGAGAAUAAAAAGAUGGGAAUGGCAUCUCCGUCAUACCCUGCCGUCAAACCGACGGGAGCAGUCUCUGAAAAGGUCUUUGCGACACAAGUUGCGGAAGAAUCGAAGAAGUUGACUCCGUUCAAGAAAAGAGAGCCAACCGGGGAACGCCCGAAGACGACGAUGUUCAUGUCGAUGUCAUUGAGUGGGAUGUUGAAGUCGAGUGGGAAGACUUCUCCAAGGCAUUUACAUAAAGAAGACAGUGGGAGAUCGACAAGGAAAGACGCCGGGUCGACGCCCAAAAAUUCGAGUUGUGAUGAGUCUGUUAAUAACAAGAGUGAAAAGAGCGACACACAGAACGAGGAGCGAUUUGCGGCACUCGAGAAGAUGAUCAGCGACUUGAGUAAAAAGGUUGAUGAGCAGAAUAAAACGAUUAAACAACUGAACGAGAGAGUCGCUGAAUUGGAGAAGAAGAGUGUAGCGCGCUCUUCACUGUCGAGUUCAAUACAAAAACAGAAGGAACUUGUCAAAGCAAAACAGAGUGCAAAAGAAGAGCAAAAAGUUGAACCACUCGACUUCGCACAAAUCAGAAAGAAUUUCGGGAAGUCACAAGACAAACUGAAAGUCGAGACUCCAAAGCAAGAAACCAACAGAGACGAAGCUAAGACUCCCACCCAAAAGGUCGAAGAAAAAGGUAAUGAACAAUUAAAAGAUGUUCAAGACGUUGUUAACGAGACUAAAGUCAAUGAAAAUGAGUGUCCAAGUGAAGAGGUCAAGAAAGAGGAAAUGGGUGAGAACCAACCACAAGGAAUGGCCUCGUUUGCACCACUGAAACCAAUACAUCGAUUCAAUUUCUCAGAGGCUAUUACCGAACAAACAGCUCCAGCAGAUCAACAGGAAAUGCCAAACCAAACAGAAGAGCUAUCAGCCCGGAACACUGAAGUCGGCUCAACAUUGUAG